AUGUCAGAAAAACCAAAGAAUGAAGGAAAACGAGUUAAAGUGUACGACACUAGAUCUAAAUCUAAAAAUAAGGAAAACGAAGAGCCAAAUCCAAUGACUAACCAAAAAGACACAGUGAAGCAGGUGCAUGGCUCAAAUAGAGUUGUAAAUGAAGCACCAGAACCCAACAUGAGCUGGGCCGAAGAAACAGAAAAUACAUACGAGAAGGGGGAGUUGCCCCUCCAAGAAAACCCAGUUCAAAAUACAACUAUACCCUCAAACGAAAAAUCGGAAAAUUCAAUAGCCAUGAUGAGAGAAAGUUCCAGAACAAAUAAAGAUGCUUUGACAGAUAAAGCUGAAUCAGAUGACUCGAGCCUCAAAGAGUCAACAGAACUAAGAAAACAGUAUAGAGAAUACAAACGUAACCAAAAGAGAAAUAAAAAGGAGGAUGACAUAUGCGACACAACAAUGCAAACACGUGAAAGCCAUAAUAGAGAAGUAAAACAAACAGAAAAAAGACAAAUUCUUACUUCGGGAAUAACAGUUAACGAGGAGGUAGCAGAAAUUUUACUGGCGAAAGAAGUUGAAACCACAGAAAGCACUUCAUGUGAGAGUUUAAUUCAGGAUGAAGACCAAAAUGUAGAUAAAAACCAAAAUAUGGAUGAGGAUUAA